GGAAAAAGGAAGAAGAAUUCGAUAUGGAAGCCUGAGCGUAGCGCGGAACUAUUGAAGUAUAGCGUUUGAUUCCCAAUAAUCUGCCUCCGUCGUCGUCUUUUCCUCUAUUUUUGAAGUGCUGCAUUAUUUCAACCAUCUGCAAAGCCGAAGGGAUGACAAGCUUGUUACACGGAGAAUCUAGGAGAAUGUACUCGUGGUGGUGGGAUAGUCAUGUAUAUCCCAAAAACUCAAAGUGGCUCGAGGAGAAUCUAACAGAUAUUGAUGUCAAAAUCAAAACAAUGAUAAAGCUCAUUGAGGAAGAUGGGGAUUCCUUUGCAAUGAAGGCCGAGAUGUAUUACAAUAGACGGCCAGAGCUUAUGACAUUGGUCGAGGAUUUUUACCGAGCAUAUCGUGCAUUAGCAGAAAGGUACGACCACGCAGAUAGGGUGAUUCGGCACGCACAAAAUACUAUGUCAGAAGCUCUUCCAAAUCAUGCUCCUUUGAUGUUUACUGAUAAUUCACCUCCAAGUGCUGGAACUGAUCACAGACCUCCUGAGAUGUUUAAACCGGAAGCUGAGGAGAUUCUUACGCUGAAGGCAGCUAUUACAAAACUUGAAGCCGAGAAAGAAGCUGGUGUUGCACGGCACCAAGAGUGUUUGAAGAAGCUGUCCGAUCUCCAGAGAGAGAUGUCGAAAGCAAGGGAUGAUUUCAGAAGGCUAUUGGACCACGCAAGCAUAGUUGAUGAUGAAAGGUUUAAUACUGAAGUAGUUGAAGCACAGCCAAAAAUUGAACCAAAUGGAUCAGUGGUUGAAAAGAAUGAUGCUGUGAAAAGAUACAUAUCAAACCUUGAGAUCAGAUUACAACAAGCUGAAGAAGAUAACAGGGGUUUGAAAGAGAGAGCUGAAGUUGCCGAGACUGAAAUCGAAAUCCUCAAGCAAAGCAUUCUGAGCUUGACUGAGGAAAAGGAAGCAGCAGCCACACAAUACCAGUCGUGCCUCGAGACGCUAUCGAGCAAUCUCCCAUGUGCUCCAAAAGAAGCCAAGAACCUCAAUACGGAGAUAGAUGAUAAUGAAGCAUCCAAGUUUACAAGUGCUGAAGAAAGAUGUUGUCUAUUAGAAAAAAUGAACCAGUCUCUCCACUCGGAGAUGGAAGCUUUGAUGCUAAAGAUGAAAACUCAGACUCAAGAGCUUACCAAGAAGCAGAAAGAACUCGGAAAAGUUUACCGACAAUUGGAAGGACGGCGCAGAAUUUUGGAGAAAGAAAAGAACUCAACUCUUCAAAGAGUCGAUGAGCUAAGCUCAUGUUUAGAGUCGGAGAGAGAUGAACAUGCCCGGUAUGUGCAGAUGACCGAAGUUAGUAACACUAGAAAAGAUCUCGAAAUGAGACUUCUGCAAGAAGAAUGUGAAAUUAGAAAGAGAGAACUUGAUAGUGCACUGGAUAAUGCAAUAGUUAGUGAAAUUCAGAUAUCUGUCUUACAAAUAACAGCCCAAGGGAUGGAAGAAGAUAAUUAUGCCUUGAGUUUGGAGUAUCUGAAGCUCAUUGAGAAAUCCCGAUUGUCUGCAAAAAAGAUCUCUAAGUUGGAGGCAAGAAUUAUCGAGCAACAAGAAGGAAUCAAGUAUCUGCGCGAAGAGGUUAUUGAGAGAGAGAUCAAUGAAGAGAUUAUGAAAGGUAAUUUGCUAAAGAAGAUAACAGAGAAAGAUGAGAUGGAGGCCAAGGCAGAAUCAGUUUAUCGGCAGCUAAACUAUUCCAUGAUCAAUCAGUUUAUUUACGAGCAGAAGGUUCUUGAGCUACACGAAGCAUGUCUCCGCUGUAUGAACCAAAACAAGUGUCUUAGAACUCAAUUGGAUGCAUGUGGCCCUGAGAUCUCGUUGUUGAAGGAAUGUAUUGCAUCCUUGGAGAACCACAUUGGUGUACAUAUCAAGCUUCAAGAUCCUGAAAACAACGAAUCACAGGGUGCUGGAGUAACAAGUAAUUCAUCAUACAAAGACAUUGCUAAUGAUGGCAAGGAAACCUCCGUGCCGAGCACCUUUUCUGACCUGUGUAAAUUACGGGUUAGGCUUCAAGCUACUGCGAAAGCAGCUGCUGAUAUCAACGAGCAACUGGCUAAAGAGAAUGUCGGUCUCCGCUUGAAGGUGGAUGAUUCGACAAGGCAGCUAGAAGCCAUGCAGUCUGAGAGAGUACGACACCAGACAAAUAUGAAGCUUAUGUCUGAUCAUAUCUCGGAAACAGAUGGUGCAGUUUUAACAAAAGAUAUUUUGCUGGAUCGGGUGUCUAGUACUUCAUCGCAUUCAUUCAAGAAGAGGGAGAAUUUGGAAAUGAACAAACGAGCUUCCGAGUUAUGGGAAACUUGCGCCUUGGAUGGCAAUAUUGGCCUUACAUUUACAAAGUCAAAGAAAUUAGAUUCUCCAUCUUCUCCGGACAAUACUGAUAUUUGUCUCCUCAGAGUGACGAAGACACCUAAACGCAGGAAUUGCUCGACUUUGGAUUCGAAGGAAGAGCAGAGUGUAGACAAGUCACAAAUCUCUGAAACAUCUCUUCAAGAAGGGAACAAGAGGAAGUACUUACAAAGGAUCAAUUCAGAUGUUCAGAAGCUGGAAAAUCUUCGAAUCAUUGUCCAAGACCUGAAGAGGAAACUCGCCUUAUCUUCAACGACCACAGCCAAGAAAGGAAUCAUCGAAUGCGAGUCGCUCGAGAGGCAACUUCAAGAAGCUGACACAUCUGUUGCAACACUGAUCGAUCGCAACGACAGACAGAUGAGAAGCAUCAAUGGCCUAUCCUCCAGCACGAAUUCCUCGUUCGACUUUGAAAAUGAGAUCGGCAGAAGCAGGAGAAUAUCACAAGAAGCACAAAACAUGGCUGAAAACAUCGGAAGGCUCGAAGAGGAAGUGCAGCAGUUAAAAUUAGCUAUACAGAAACUGGACAACGAUAACGAUGGACAAACCAAAACACAGGAGACAAGAAGAAGUGUUCUUCUAAAAGAAUACAUCUAUGGAGUGAGUCGAAGAACUUACAAAAGGCCUAAGAAAAUACGGUUUUGCGCAUGCAUUAAGCCUUCUACACAUGAGACACUGUUUCCUAAUUGCUAUUUGCCAUUGGUAGCUUAG